AUGCACUCUUCAGAACCGCAUUUCAUCGGCUUCGUCCUCACCUGGCCUGCUCUAAACAAAAAAUCCAGCUGCAUUCUCGCCAGAACCGCAGCCGUCGGUAGCGCGAACGCGACUGCGAGCCCUUCGACCACCAGAUUUAGCACCUCUCGCGCUCGCCUACCUUGCGCCGUGUCGCCGUCAUGCCACUCCGUCUGUCGCCUCGAGUCGCAGUUCCUAGCCAAGCGAAGCUUCCCGUCGCCGGGAUCCGGGUCCUCGUUUGACGCGCCGGCCUGGUCGUCCACCUGCCGCCGCUGCGUCAAGGUGGCGGCGCGAAUCGCCCCGCCGGAGCGCCCCACCGCAACGCCGCCAGGCGAGGACCGGGGCGCGCGGCCGCCCAACGACGGCGACGCGUGGGAGCGGUUCGAGAAGGCGAACGGCGCGUCGGCGCGACGCGAGGAGGAGAAGCAGGCGCGCGAGAAGCGGGGAAGGCAGGGGAAGGAGCACCACGUGAGCAUGGUGGUGAAGGUUUGCGGCGAAGACACGGAGCCGUCGAUCACGUGCGCGAAGGUGCACGACCAUCCGACGCUCGUGCUCAUGCGACACGGCGAGAGCAUGUGGAACGACCUGAAGCUAUUUACUGGUGACGUGGACAUUCCGUUGACGGAGCGCGGCGUGAUGGAGGCCAUGGCGGGCGGGCGGUCCGUGGCGGACAUCGACUUCGACAUGAUCUUCACCAGCCGCCUCGUGCGCUCCAAGCAGACGGCGCUGCUCGCCAUGACGCAGAGCGUGCACAAGGCGGUGCCGGUGAUCGUGCGCGGGGGCUACUACGGGCGCGGCAAGACGGGCGACGAGAACCGCUUGCGGCUGCGCGAGGCGGCGGCGCAGGCGCUGAAGCAGGCGGCGUGCCGCAUGAUCCCCGUGUACGCCGACCCGCGCCUCAACGAGCGGUGCUACGGUGACUUGCAGGGUCUGAACAAGGAGGCAGCAGCGAGGGAGUUCGGGCACGAGCAGGUGGCUAUCUGGCGGAGGAGCCACGACACGCGCCCGCCCAAGGGCGAGAGCCUGCUGGAUACGUCAGAGCGUACACUUGCGUUCUUUCUGUCUACAGUGGAGCCGCGACUAGCAGAGGGCAAGAACGUGCUGGUGGUGGCGCAUGGCAAUGUGCUGCGCUGCAUCAUCUCGUACCUCUGUGAUCUCACGGAGUUGGAGAUGCUGCGCCUGCAUAUUGGCACGGCACACCCCUACUGCUUUGCCUUCGACGGCGAGGAGUACGCGCAGUGUUGUGCUCUCCCCCCCCUGUGGACCCCUUCACACAGCGGCCCCGCCAGAACGUGCCCCAACUGCAACCUCUGGGGGCAGCAUGGGAGGAGCAGCACCUUGCACCCAUCUUCUCCACCCACCUGCUGCCCUCCUCCCGCCGCCCCUCGUUCCUCCUCCAGCUGCUACCAGCGUUCCUCUCAAGGGACACUCCCCAGGCGAGGACAGCAAGGUGAGACAGCAAAAGGGGCGCUGAAGGGAAAACAAUGGGAAGAUAUGAUGUGGCACGGCAAUGGAGGCAUGGGAUGGACUAGAGGCGAGGUCAAGUCAAUCGGGUCGUCUCCUUAUGGUUGGAUCAGUGGGCGGAGCAACAUUCUGGCAGCAGCAGUGGAGCACGAGGAGAGGCCAGCUGGUGACGAGCUCAUCGUUGUUCUCUUGAAGUACAACUGA